UUUACUCAUAGUAAAGUAAAUUUGAAAGUGAAUCAAAUCAUUUUGGUUUUAGGUGUAGCCUUCCCAACAGAAUCCGACCAAACCCACCAUUUGUUUCAUCUCCAUUAGAACUCCAUUAAUUUCUCUCCUUCCAACCCUUAUACUGAAACUUCUAUUUGUUUUAUCUGUUUCUUUGAUUGAUUUUUGGCUUUCCUGGGUCUUCUGCAACCAUGGAUGGAUUGCUAAAACUUGUGUUAACUCUUUCCAUUCUCAUGUCUAUGAUUCUCUCUUCAUCUGCUCUAACAUGUUCUAGCUAUACCUUCUCUAGCAACCAAGUCUUCAUUGCAUGCAAUGAUCUUCCUCAUUUGAACUCAUUUCUGCAUUGGAACUAUAAUUCAUCAUCAAGCAAGCUUCAGAUUGCAUAUAGGCAAACAGGAAUCAGUUCCUCCAGAUGGGUUGCUUGGGCUAUAAAUCCUGUUUCACUUGGGAUGGCGGGUUCACAAGCACUUGUUGCAUUCCAACAAUCUGAUGGAACCAUAAAAGCUUAUACUUCCCCCAUAAGCAGCUACCAGACAUCACUGCAGGAAGGGAAGCUUAGCUUUGAUGUCACAGAUUUAUCUGCUACAUAUUCCAACAAUGAGAUGAUCAUAUUUGCUACCUUGGGAAUUUCAAACAUUGGGACUGCCACUGUGAACCAGGUUUGGCAAGAGGGUCCAGUUUCUACUGACUCUCCUCACGUGCAUUCCACUACUGGGGCUAAUGUGCAGUCCAUGGGGACAGUUAACCUUCUUUCUGGGACGGUUGGGCAAAGUGGAGGAAAUGACAGAACCAGGAAGAGGAAUAUUCAUGGAGUGCUAAAUGCAGUCAGUUGGGGCAUCAUGAUGCCUAUUGGAGCUUUAAUGGCAAGGUAUUUGAAGGUAUUCAAAUCUGCAGACCCAGCAUGGUUUUACCUACAUGUUAGUUGCCAAUCCAUAGCCUAUGUUUUUGGUGUUGCUGGAUGGGGUACCGGCCUCAAACUCGGCAGCCAGUCUUCUGGUGUACAAUAUGAUGCCCAUAGAACAAUUGGAAUCAUCCUUUUCUGCCUUGGAACUAUUCAGGCGUUCGCUUUGCUACUAAGGCCAAAACCAGAUCACAAGUACAGGUUCUACUGGAACAUCUACCAUCGUACAGUUGGAUAUAAUGUUAUUAUUCUUAGCAUCAUUAACAUAUUCAAAGGAUUUGAGAUCUUGAGCCCUUUAAAGAAGUGGAAGAACGCUUACAUUGGUGUGAUCGCAGCUUUGGCCUUCACUGCUGUAUGGUUGGAAGGCUAUACAUGGUAUCUAAUGGUGAAGAGGAGAAGAUUAGAUAGUGCUGGAAAGAUGCCUCAGGGCAUCAUUGCAUCAAAUGGGGUCAAUGGAUACAGCGAUAUGCGGAACCAGGGGAUCUGAUAUUUGAACAUAGGCUGUGGUUUCUGGUUGCUCUGUUAUAUUUGGGUUUUUCAGGUAUGUUUUGGAUCUCAUGUAUAUUUAUGAAUACCAUUUGGGAAAACUCUAUGGACAGCGGAAGGUUAGGAUUAGAAGUGACUCUUCUUAUAUUCUGAAAUCGCUUGAUCCCUGUUUGAUUA